ACACCUCCCCUAGAUAGGCUUUACAAUGGUGUACAGUAAGUCAGAUCUUUCUUGCUAUUCUUCAAGAUUUUUUCUUUUGGGCUAGGAAAUUGAAUAGUGGGGCAUUAUACAUGCAUGACAACGUGGUUGUUAGGUAGCUGUUCCCUGGUUUCUUUCUGAAGUAGAAAGACCCCUGGGGCUUUUAUUUUGAGACUUAGAUGCUUCAGAUCUCCCCCACUUCUUUGGAUAUAGCCCCAACAGUCAUCAAAGUCCAGACAACAGUCUGAACGCAAGACCCUAAAAGUCACUCAAGUCCAGCCAACAGUGUUGAGUCCUCAGGGGAAUCAUUUAACUCUACUCGGGAGCAAAUGGCUUGGGUGGGUCUUUCCUCAUAGUAAACUCUGCAGCCUGAUAGGUUAUCAGCCUGGGAGGGGAAGCAGAUUGUGUCUGUCAUCAACCAACUCGGUGAGGCUUUUACAAGUCUUUCUGACCCUGCUGUCUCUCUCAGUGUACCUGCUGAACCCUUCAUAGCCCCUGAAGUCAGUUUAGUUCAACUGUCUAGCAAGAAAGAAUUUUUCGUCUUGAAUGUGGGACCUUUCAAACUUGUUUUGUCACCAUAAGUGUGUUUAAAGAGGGAAAGCACAUCUACUCUCCUUAAAUCAGAAUUCUUACUUAACAACCUUUCUACAUGAUUUUGAAGGCAGCUCCAAGUGCUUGUGCAUUAUUUUUUUCAUAGCUGAAUAGUCUUAGAUUAGUGAACUCUAUAUUGUUUUUCCUUUGGGCUACGCAGUGGAGUUGUAAAGGACUUUGGAACACACCACCUUAGUUUAGAUUCAGCCCAAGUCAGCUGGAGACUUCCUAUCUAAGGGAUAACCAGUCUUCUUGAAUGAUCUUCUGACCUUCAGCUAUACCCUAAGCUCUUCAGGGAGGAGGUAUAGCUCUGCAUUUUCUGAUUUCAAACUGAUGAUGUGCUCAUUCAUAUCUUGUAUGAGAUGAGUAAGGCAGAAAAUUUUCUCUCAUUUGCCAAGGGUUGUCUGAAUUAUUUUGCAUGGCCUUGUUUUUUUAGAAUAAAUUUUAAAACAUUUUACAUUUUCUGUGUAGUUUGUUUCUUUUGCUUCUUUGGUUACCUUCGUGAGGGGUUUAUGAGGGUUAUUAGGCUAGGGUUGAGGGCCCUCUGUCAAGACUCUCAGGCUCCAAAGUUCUUCCCUCCUCCCAUGGUUCUUAACCAGUGUUUGGGUCAUAAAAAUCUGUUGUAAGCUCUGGGCCCACCCCCACUCCCCACUCGCAACAGUGCGGUCAUGUACUGUACCCUUGAGGAUCCUCAGAUCUCAGGUGCCCCCCCGCCCCCGGCCUGGAAGCUGCCUCUCAUCCAAGGCUGGGGGCUCAUUUUUUUGUCCAGUAAUAAGAUUUCAAAGAAAUCAGCAUGAAAACUCUAGAGCUGAGGGGUAAAUUUUGGAAACCUGAUUGAGAAAGGAAGCAGAAUGAUCACAGUAUCAUCUGGAGAUCCAUGCUCCAUACCUGAUGUUCUGGGAGAGCAGCUGAAGAGGACUGGUCUGUCUUCAAGUCGUUCUGCAUAUUGGAACGACAGAAAGCAUGCUUUGAGUUGCCAUCGGAUGAAGCCAGCUCUCUUCAGUGUGCUCUGUGAGAUCAAGGAAAAGACAGUGUUAAGCAUCCAUGGUGUUCAGGAGGAAGGUCCCCCCAGUGCUCAGCUCAUGAGGUUGGAUAACAUGCUGCUGGCCGAGGGUGUAUCCAGGCCGGAGAGGCGAGGAAGAGGAGGAUCGGCGGCAGCGGCGAGCACAGCAACACCAGGUGGCUGUCCAAAUGACAAUAGCCUUGAGCACUCUGACUACAGGGCCAAGCUGUCCCAGAUCCGACAGAUUUACCACUCUGAGCUAGAGAAAUAUGAACAGGCCUGCCGUGAGUUCACCACGCACGUCACCAACCUCCUCCGGGAGCAGAGCAGGAUGAGGCCUGUCUCGCCCAAGGAGAUUGAGCGCAUGGUCGGUGUCAUCCACAGCAAGUUCAAUGCCAUCCAGAUGCAGCUGAAGCAGAGCACCUGUGAGGCUGUGAUGACCCUGCGUUCACGGUUCCUCGAUGCCAGGCGCAAGCGGAGGAACUUCAGCAAGCAGGCCACGGAAGUGCUGAAUGAGUAUUUUUACUCCCAUCUGAGCAACCCUUACCCCAGUGAAGAAGCCAAAGAAGAGCUGGCCAGGAAGGGCGGCAUCACAGUCUCCCAGGUCUCCAACUGGUUCGGCAACAAAAGAAUCCGAUAUAAAAAGAAUAUGGGGAAGUUUCAAGAAGAAGCUACCAUUUAUACGACUAAAAUGGCAGUCGACACCACCAAAGUCGGGGGUCUGGGGAGCCAGGCUAGCUGCCCAUCAACACCCAGCUCGGGUUCCUCUGGUCCCUUCCCGCUGACCAGUGCUGGGGAUGCACUUAUCACCCUGCAGACCCUGACCUCUCUCCGCCCCACCCCUGCAGGAGGCGGCUUACGGUCCCAGGCCCGGGGUGGCUGGCAGGGAGCCGCACCCCCAGCAUCCACCACUUCGCCUGCUGGAGACCUCAGCAGCGUCAACUCAGAUGCAUCUAAUUAAGUUUUGGGGACCGGGUGGCCGGCCGUGGUUCACGAGCUCUCGAGUCUUUACUGCCCGUGCCGCUGAUUACCUCAAAAACCCAGAACUGCAGCAGGCGACGGGCGCCAUCCUUUGCUUGCCGCCUGGGAUCUGAAAUGGGCUGAGAUGCUGCUCAUUUUCUCAAUUCACUUUGGUUUUUUAAUAGUAAUUUUAUGCUAAGACUGUGAAUUGUUUCUUCUAGGACUUGUCACAAAUUCUCUCAUUAAAAUUUCGGACUUAUUUUCACGUC